UUAAUUUUUGCUUGCAUCAAUUCCUCAGAAAUUUAUAUUAUAAACUUUGUAUUAUGCGUGUUUUCUUAAUCUCGAGCUUAGUUUUUUAAUCUUAGAUUCCCCCCUUGCUGACCUUAUCUUUUUGUUCUCACUCAAAAUCUCAAACCUGCGAUGUUGGUCAUACAAGAAACCCUGUAAUCCACCCAUUAGAGCUGGAAUCAAGCGUACACCACGGUGCUCGUUUAAUGUUGACGCAGUCUCUGUUCAGAAGCCGACCCUGGUUCAAUUAUCCCCGAGAAACUCUCAUUUUCCGUUUCAUUGUUCGAAAUUUAAGGGCGAAGAGUUCCAGAAAUUCAGACAUGGCGCCACCGGUUCUUUCUCUUUCAAGGGCGAAGAAUUCCAGAAAUUCAGACAUGGCGCCGCCGGUUCUUUCUCUUGCUCUUCCGUCGGAGACUGGUCGAGUUCUCAGCAUUCAGUCACACACUGUGCAGGGUUAUGUCGGAAAUAAGUCAGCUGUCUUUCCGCUACAACUUUUGGGCUAUGAUGUGGAUCCAAUUAACUCUGUGCAGUUUUCGAAUCACACAGGGUAUCCAACCUUUAAGGGUCAAGUUUUGAAUGGAGAGCAACUCUGGGAUAUUAUACAAGGCCUUGAAGCAAAUGAAUUAUUGUUCUACACUCACUUAUUGACCGGUUAUAUUGGUUCAGCUUCUUUCCUGAACACUAUAUUGGAAGUUGUCAGCAAGCUUCGUACAGUAAACCCUGAACUUACAUACGUAUGUGAUCCGGUGAUGGGUGAUGAAGGAAAGCUUUACAUACCUCAAGAACUGGUAUCAAUUUAUCGUGAGAAGGUUGUUCCAGUAGCUUCGAUGUUGACUCCCAAUCAAUUUGAAGCUGAACUGUUGACAGGGUUCAGGAUUCAGUCUGAAGGAGAUGGCCGGAAAGCCUGUAACCUUCUUCAUGAGGCUGGACCUUCAAAGGUUGUAAUUACUAGCAUAAGUAUAGAUGGCAGUCUCUUCCUAAUAGGCAGCUAUCAAAAAGAAAAGGGACAGCCUCCCAAACAAUUUAAGAUCGUGAUACCCAAAAUUCCAGCUUAUUUCACAGGAACAGGGGAUCUCAUGACUGCUCUUCUUCUUGGUUGGAGCAAUAAAUACCCGGAUAAUCUUGAGAAGGCUGCAGAACUUGCGGUAUCAAGCCUGCAGGCACUUUUGCAGAGGACAGUCAAUGAUUACCGAAGAGCUGGACAUAAUCCUCAGUUAACCAGCUUAGAGAUCAGAUUAAUUCAAAGCCAGGAUGAUAUUCGUAGCCCCCAAGUCCUAUUUAAAGCUGAAAUAUACAAUUAAAUUGGUGAUAUGACCGCCUACGAUAUGUGAUCUUUGCUUUCUCGUUAUAAUAUUCAAGUGCUUCCAGAACUCCAAGCUGUACGGUAUAAUGAAAAGGAAAGAUGGUUUAUUCAUAUUUGUUCAUCAGACACAGAAAAUAAAUUUGUGAUAUGUUUAGCAACAAAGGCCUACAAAAAGUAGACUUUACUUUGCUAGGGUGACAAUGAUAGAAUAACUGCUGAUAUGAUUGGCAAGAAUUAAGUUAUUAUACAUAAUGAUUAUUUACAAAAA